AACUUCCAUUAAACCAAAAAAAAAAAAAAUCCAGAACUCCAAUUUCUCAAGCUUAGAGAAAAAGAGAGAGAGAGAGAGAGCAAGAUCAGCCGCCAUAGCUAUGGCGGUUGUUUCCACCUUCCCAACCUUCUCCUCCGCCUCCUCUCACCGCCACACUCUCUCUCUACUCUCCCCAAACCACCACAACUCCUCCUACUCCUUUCCUCGUCUCACCCCCAAUUCAACCUCUUUCACUCGUACUACUCCACCUCUCAUCAUCACCACACUCCGUACAACCACACUCUCUUUAUCCGCCGCCGCAGCCGGCGGAGGAGGAGGAGGAGGAGAUAGUGGCGGUGGCGGAGGAGAAGGAGGAGGUGGAGAUGAGGACGGCAACAGGAAGAGAAACAGGGCGGAGGCAAUCAUGGCUAUGGCGGAGGCGAAGCAGUCGUUGGAGAGCAUACCGAAGGACUUGGCGGCGGCGAUCGAGGCCGGAAAGCUACCGGGGUCGAUUGUGAAGAGGUAUUUUGAGCUGGAGAAGUCGGCGGUGUUCCGGUGGUUGCUUGGUUUUGGUGGGUUUAAGGAGCGGUUGCUUGCUGAUGAUCUGUUCUUGACUAAAGUUGGCAUUGAGUGUGGUGUUGGCAUAUUCACUAAGACUGCUGCAGAGUUGGAAAAGAGGAGAGAAAAUUUCACCAAAGAGCUUGAUUUUGUGUUUGCUGAUGUGGUGAUGGCCAUUAUAGCAGAUUUCAUGCUGGUAUGGCUUCCAGCUCCAACUGUUUCUCUUAGGUCACCACUUGCAGUCAGUGCAGGAACUCUUGCCAAGUUCUUCCAUGGCUGCCCUGAAAAUGCUUUUCAGGUAGCUUUGGCUGGAACUUCUUUUUCAUUCUUACAAAGAAUAGGAGCAAUUGUGAGAAAUGGAGCCAAAUUAUUUGCUGUUGGAACCGGUGCAUCUCUGGUUGGAACAGGAGUAACAAACGCAUUGAUCAAUGUAAGAAAAGCAGUAGACAAAUCUUUUGCUGGUGAAGCUGAGGAUGUGCCCAUAAUAUCAACCAGUGUUGCCUAUGGUGUCUACAUGGCCGUUUCAAGUAACCUAAGGUACCAAGUACUAGCUGGAAUCAUCGAACAAAGAUUCUUAGAACCUUUGUUACACCAGCACAAGCUUGUACUUAGUGCAAUUUGCUUUGCUGUUCGAACUGGCAACACUUUUUUGGGCUCCCUAAUGUGGGUGGAUUAUGCACGUUGGGUUGGGAUUCAGAAGAUACGAGACUAAAGAAUCUUAUCAUGAAAACAUCAUCUUCAUCAUCAUCAUCUUCAUAUCAAGGGCUGAAAAUGUUGAAAAGAUAUCUAGUUUUGGAAUACCUGAGAAUUUUGGUAUUAAUAUCUAUAUUUGUAUGUUUUGUGUUUUUAGAGAGAGCGGAAAGUUGUGACUGUAUAUUCUUGAGCAAAUGGUUUAACAUGUCCAAAUCAUCCAAAAAUAUAAUUUUUUAUUUUCUCUCUCA